AUGUCGAUUGGCGUCUUGUCGUUUAGCUCAAAGCCACCCACCUCGAUAAACUCAUUCCAGGUUGGCGAGCUCAUCGAGUGUAUAGUCCACAUGACAUCUAAUGUCCGCGCUCAAGCAGGAUGCUCGGUGAACGAUCCUGAUCCCUUCGAAUGCACGGCCGCCUCCACCUCCGACACGAGCCCACUGAUUCGCAUCGCUAGGCGCACGAUCUCCCCCAUCCCCCCCCUUCUCGUCGAGGCUCGCACAAGCUGGAGCACCGGCUUAGGAUCGUGCACCGUGAUUGGACGAUCCCGACCCCUUCGAGCGCGCGAUCUUCCUGAUCCCACCAUUCUCGUCGACGCUCACUCAAGCACGAGCUUAGGACGGCAUAUGCCAUCCACGUCCUUUCCGCCGAUAUUUGGGAUAGAUACAUGGGUGAUUACAGGUUCACUCUCCCCGACUCAGAUACGCCCACACCGUGCGCUGUUCAUGCGACCUCCUCCGCCUUCCAGAGGGUGUGCUGAGCACUCAUGCCAUGCGCUCUGCGCCGUCGAGUUGCCUUUCAACUGGAGGUGUUGGUGGGAGACGCGGUGGGAGGGAGUAGUCGGAGUCGCAGGGGGGACUCGGGCAUAUGGGGAGGGAAUGGCAGUCGACGCAGACAGGGAGAGGAAGGAGUGCAGAGGUGUGUGCGGAGGGAGGGAUGUCGAGGGUGCUAUUAUUAGCCUAGAGGGAGGGAGGGAGUGGUGUGUGGGACGGGAUAUGCAGGACGGACGGACGCAGGGUGGUGCAAGGGGAGGGGUCGAAGGAUCGAAGGGUCGCCGGAUGUGGGAGGGGUCGAAGACGGUCGAGCAGGUAGAUGGGGACUCGGGACUGGAGUGA